UUGAAGAGCGCUGCCAAAGAUAUAUUAAGGAUAAAUUGGCCUAUAACUUAUUCGGAGAAUAAUUAUUCUGGGAUUUGUACCUCAAUGUAGAACCGGGCCUUAAUAAUCUUCACAACAACCAAUGCUGUAUAGAGUAUAGAGUCAUUCUGUGGAUAUAUAUUAGUGUUAUUUGUCAGUUCACAGUUGGCUAUUCUGAGUACACAAAAUUUUUUUAUUGAAAUAUAACUGUAAAGGUGCCUUUCACGUCAACGUAGAAUAAUUUUUAUUAUCUACAAUGGGUCGUGUAAUUCGUGCACAACGUAAGGGAGCUGGAUCUGUAUUCAAAUCCCACACAAAAAGGAGGAAAGGAGCUCCCAAACUCCGAUAUUUAGAUUUUUCAGAAAGACAUGGUUAUAUCAAAGGUGUUGUUAAAGAUAUAAUACAUGAUCCCGGACGUGGCGCUCCAUUGGCCGUAGUUCAUUUUAGGGACCCUUACAAGUUCCAAACUAAAAAAGAAUUGUUUAUCGCCCCUGAAGGAAUGUAUACAGGACAAUUCUUGUACUGUGGAAAAAAAGCUAACCUACAAAUUGGAAAUGUAUUACCUGUGGGUACAAUGCCCGAAGGUACCAUUGUAUGCAAUUUGGAAGAAAAAACGGGAGAUCGUGGUCGUCUAGCACGUGCAUCAGGGAACUAUGCCACUGUAAUUGCACACAAUCAUGAUACAAAGAAAACAAGAGUCAAGUUACCUUCUGGAGCAAAGAAAGUCAUUCCAUCCAAUAACAGAGCUAUGGUUGGUAUUGUUGCUGGAGGUGGUCGUAUCGACAAACCAAUCCUUAAAGCAGGUCGUGCUUAUCACAAAUAUAAGGUGAAACGUAAUUGCUGGCCUAAGGUUCGUGGUGUUGCUAUGAAUCCUGUUGAACAUCCCCACGGAGGUGGUAACCAUCAACACAUUGGUAAAGCAUCUACCGUCAAGAGAGGUACUUCUGCUGGUCGUAAAGUUGGUCUUAUUGCUGCCAGAAGGACUGGUAGAAUUAGAGGAGGUAAAGUUGAUGCCAAGAAAGAAGAUUAGGUUGAUUGAGUUGUUCUUUGUAAGACUUGUUCCAUUAUAUUUCUAAUGGAAUGUAUUAAUUGUUCAUUGGAAAUAUAUUGAUUUUUCAAGUU